GGUUGCCAUGGUUGUGUUUGGACGGCCCUUCUUGGGGCGUCUCGGGGCCUGCUUGGGGUGGUGGGGUCCCCGGGGCGCAGCUCUUCAGCUGCGGCAAACGCUGCGAAGGCCGAAGAGCACCAAUCCAUUCACCCGAGAACAGGAACAGGAGUGGCGGCGGCGGAACCGCACGGUGCUCACGUAUGUGGCCGCGGCAGCCGUGGGCAUGGUCGGGGCCUCUUACGCUGCGGUGCCCCUCUACCGCCUGUAUUGCCAGACUACAGGACUUGGUGGGUCACCUGUGGCAGGUCAUGCUUCAGACCAGAUUGAGACUAUGGUCCCUGUUAAAGACCGAAUCAUUAAAGUCACCUUCAAUGCAGAUGUGCAUGCGAGUCUCCACUGGAAUUUUAGGCCUCAACAAACAGAAAUAUAUGUAGUACCAGGAGAGACUGCACUGGCAUUUUACAAAGCUAAGAAUCCUACUGACAAAUCAGUAAUUGGAAUUUCUACAUAUAAUGUUGUACCAUUUGAAGCUGGACAGUAUUUUAAUAAAAUACAGUGCUUCUGUUUUGAAGAACAAAGGCUUAAUCCUCAAGAGGAAGUAGACAUGCCAGUAUUUUUCUUCAUUGAUCCAGAAUUUGCUGAAGAUCCCAAAAUGGCAAAAGUUGAUGUGAUCACUCUCUCUUACACAUUUUUUGAAGCAAAAGAAGGACAUAAAUUGCCAGUUCCAGGUUAUAACUGAACUAAGAAAUUUCUUUACUUUGUCUUUUCUAAUUUUUUUGUCUCCUUUUUGUAAUUUUUGAAAAAUCAUGUUCUCGGGUGUUUUUUGAAAGAGGAAUAAUAGUGGGAAAACAAUUUUUAUUUUAAAUCAGAAUCACAUGUAACUUUUUUUUUUAAUGAAUACUUUUAAAAAUCUCUUAAGCUUAUAUGAAGUUAUAAAAAUAGAGAUACUACUAAAAAAACCCAGGUGCAGAUUUUGACUAGAAACAACUUUGCAGAUUUGUAAGGUAACGUUCAAAUCUUUUUUUUUCUCUGAAGUGGUAUAUCAAAAAAGAAAAAUCAGUAUGCAAGUAUGGAGCUGAUAAUCUGUUAAAAAUCACUUAAGUACCAAAAAAAAAUCUUUUCACUCUAAAAUGGUUUCCCAAUAGAUUACCUCAUUCAGGUCUUCUGUUAAAAGAUGAAGAUGCUGGAACCCAGAGAGAUGAAAUUAUAUGCCUAACAUACAGCUAGUUAUUGGCUAGCAUCCAGGUCUCCAACUAGCCAGAUCUUUCCAUUAUGCCAUCAUGGUUAUCUGGAAAUGCAUUUUGUUGCUAUUUUUUAAAAAUCUGUUUCUGUAGUUAAUAAUUUUAAAAAAUAUUAUGUACUUUAUUAUUCAAAUGUAAGUCUGGUCAAUCAUUAGCAAAAGUGUUAUUCCAUGAUACUUUCCCCAGAAUCAUGCUGCCUAUGCUAAUUUAUAGGCUAAGUUACUAAUCCUACAAAGUUUGUUAAGUCACUAUAUAUGAAUAUAAUAUAUAUAUUUUUAGGGGUAAAAUUUAUGGUUGGACUGAAUAUAUUUUUAGUUGGUCGCCAGGGAUUUAAAUUCUAAAUCCCAAUGAAAUACUCAAGUCAGAAUGGAAUUUUAUGGUGGUUUAUUUACAAUAGAGUGAAGAAAAAAAGAGAGAAAAAAAGAUAAGAGGCAGGAGUUCAGAGGCCCCAAGGGAGGGGAGUGAACUGGGGCAGAGGAUUAAAUCUAGCAUGGCUUCCAGACAUGAGGCUUCCUCCAACAUGAGGGGCUUCUUCAGAGGCUGGUGCCUCCAGAAAAGCCAAGGAAAGGGGAGCAACCCUUGCACUCACCACGUGACAGACUAAGGGAAGCAGUCUGAGGUCUCAUGCUUGAGCAAGUUCCACUGCCAAGUCCCUCUCACAGGAUAUGAGAAAUAUAAAGGCAGUUCUUUAUGUCACUUCCUGUGUCUCACAUGUACAAAUGGUGGCUUAAACUUGGCUUUGGACAGCCGAGGGCAUCAGUCAGUUUCUGAUUUGGCACUUGCUUGCACAUAUGGGUCAUAGACCUUCCUCCCCCACACUUAAUCCUUAAGUGGGGUUGUAUACAUUCCUGGUUGCUAAAAUUCUAAAGACUAAGCAGGGUGGAGUAAAUCUAAAAUUCACAGUAUAGAAGCAAAAGGGUUAUAGUCUACUACAGGGCAAAGAGCAAAUACAGGAUUUGAAUUUUAAAUUCUUUAAAUUUUUUUUUCCUCACUAAAAUUCAAUUGCUAUUUUAAAUGUGCAAUACUUAAGUAUUUCAAUUUUUUGGUGAUUGGCACAGAAACAAUGCCCUUGUAAAUUAGAAAUGUAUCUUAGUAUUUCUACCAGAUUACAGUUAUAGUGAGGGCUCCAAACAAUUGGAUACACCAUCUCACUGUAUGUAUGGUACUAUGUGCUUUUUCUUGGCAUCAAAAACUCUUUUGUGAAGAGACAAUAUUAACUUAUGUAUUAAAUUAUUUUAAUACUAAUUCCUUUGCCUGCUUUUUAUUUAAUAUUAUUUUCCUUCAUAACAAAGAUGUGUAAUUACAGUGUGUUUACUAUGAACAAAAUCCUUAUUCCAAAAAGUAUACAUUUUAUAGUAAAAUGAAAAGAAUAUUUUAUUUUAAGUUUAAAAAUCACUUUAAAAGUCAACAUUUAUACAUUUUCCAAUGACUGUUACACAAACAUGAAGGGUAAACUACAAUAAUUAAAAGGUUUUAUGCCCCAGCUCAAAAUGUAAAGGCUAGGAAUAUUUUCAGAAGUGCAAAAUUAUUUUUACAUUCAAUUUUAAUUAAAUGAAGGCACUUAAGCAAUGUUUCCUGAAUUACAACUCCAGUUCAGCAAAUAUUUUACGAUUUAUUUAAGGAGUAAUAAAAUAGUUUUCAUCUACUGUAUCACCUGGAAAUGAUGAUGAUGCACUUCUAUCUAAAAGGAUCUGGAAAAAAAAAGUUAGAUGAGUACUACUAAAUUUCACAUAUAUUUUAAAGGAAGAUAAGGGAAUGGAAUAUAUAUACAAUCCUUUAAUCCUUUUAGAUGCACAUUAAACCUCUUUCAGGAACUAUGCAUAUUACCACUCGAAUGAAUCAAUGGUUCAAACUUAUUUUUACUAAAAUUCUCAAUGUGUAUAAUUUUAAAAACUCAUUACUCUGAAGGAGAAAGUUUAUCACUUGUAGCCUUCUAUCAUUUACAUUGGUAUGCUCUUCUAUGCCAAAAACCUGUUCUUUAGAACAAUCAUUUUUAUUUAUAUCUUGUUUUUAAUAACACCUAGAUUUGCCCCUGCAUUCCCUUCUGAAGAACCAUCUCUUACAACAAAGAGCUAUCCUUUUUUUCUGUCAUCCUGGAAAGAACUCCUUUGCUUCUUAUCUACUGCCUGUGAUCAGACUAACAUUGCCACUGGACUACAAAGAUUUUGUUGACAGAGGCAUGUUGGUAUAUGUUAACAUCACACAUGUAUAUUAGUUCAUUUCUGAUCAGACAAUAGUGAAAUGUAGCCAAGGUUUCCAUUCAGUUAUUGAAAUAGCAGUUUAUCAGUCCGUAAUAAAUUCAAAAGAUUAAGCAAAGUCAUAUUUAUAUUUUGUGUGCUGAUACUUUUAAAGGAAUGUAACAAAGUAAACUGUCCCAAAUAGAAAUGUUUACCUUUUAACCAUUUGUAUGAUUCUGAAUUGGUUUACGGUGAUUAGCAUCAAGCUCUUCAUAAAGAGUUCUGCAAUAAAGAAAAGCCAGUUUUUUCAUUUUACAAACUAAAAACAGAAAAUACUGAUAUGUUAAAUUGAUAUCAAUAUUAAUCUUUCACAGUGAAAUGUGUGUAGGUGUUAAUCUUUGACAUAAAACUCAGACUAAAAUGGCCUGAUAAACUGACUACAAUUUAUUUGUUGUUAUUUAAGUAGGAAAUAAAGGCUGUCAAAACUAAAUUAUCUACUUGUUUUCUAUUUUAGGUUGGGUAGAUUAUACUUGUCUUUAAAACAAAUUUUUUUCUAGUAAGGUUGAACUCUUCUCUGACUCAAAGAAUUACUUUAGUCAUUUCCCCUUCCUUCUUCAUGCUAUUUGAUAUUUUAAUGCUUUAGAUCAGAGGUUCUUAAAUUUUAUUUUGGUCAUGGUCUCCUAAGGGCAAGCUGGUGAAAUCUAUGGAUUCCUUUUAAGAAUGUUUUUAAAUACAUAAAAUAAGAAAAUUACAAAGGAAACCAAUUAUAUCAAAUUACAUUCUCAAAAAUAUUUUUUAAAGUUUAUAGACCUCAUUUCAAGAACCUCUGUUUUAGGUAGGUUUUAUGCCUUAUGAUAUUAUACAUAUUUAAAUCAAACCGUGUCCUGCUGGAGAGCUCAAUGAUUUCAUCUAUCCUGCUUUUAGUUUUGUAUAUGUUUUUCACUCGCAUUUCUUGGCCAUUUCUAAUUAUAGUAAAACACCAAAUUAAUUGUACUUCUCAAUGAAAGAUACAUAUUUGGGGUAAUGAAUCACCAGGAAAUAUAUUUUAUAAAGGUUUCUAACUAAAUCAAAGUUUAAACCCCAAAAUACUGUUUCAUUCAUUCUUAUUGGAAAUCUUCAUUCUCAUCCAAUUAGAAAGUUAAAUUAAGGGGCAUCUCUGUGGAUUGAGAGCCAGGCCCUGAGAUGGAUGGGAGGUCCUGGGUUCAAAAUUGACCUCAGAUAUUUCCUACCUGUGUGACCCACUCUUCUGCCUUGGAACCAAUCCAAUAUACAGUAUUGAUUCUAAGACAGAGGGUAAGAGUUUAAAAAAAAAGUACAUUAAUAAUACUGCAGUCUUAUCAAUAAAAGCUCUUCCAUUGUGAUUAAUUAUUUAUACAAUUCUUAAAUGUUCUUGAAAUGUAAAAACAAUGGAGCUUUUAUAUGCAUGAAAAGGAAUUAUCUUUUUAUCAAGGCUUUAUUAUCUUGGCUUGAUAACAAAUUGGAAGAUAAUAUAACAGUAUUGCUAUAUUUUAGCUAACUAAAAAAUAAGUUUUAAAAGUAUUUAUGGGGGGCAGCUGGGUGGCUCAGUGGAUUGAGAGUCAGGCCAGGAGAUGGGAAGUCCUAGGUUCAAAUCUGGCCUCGGAUACUUCCCAGCUGUGUGACCCUGGGCAAGUCACUUGACCCCCAUUGCCUAGCCCUUACCACUCUUCUGCCUUGGAGCCAAUACACAGUAUUGACUCCAAGACGGAAAGUAAGGGUUUAAAAAAAAAGUAUGUUCUCUUAGGAACAACAACAAAAAAUUAGACCCUUAAGAAACUGACGUACUUUUUCUUUUUAAAAACUAAUUACUUAAACUUUACAUAGGGCUGUCAUACUGCAACUUAAAAAUUCCCUUCUCAGACAAAAAAAAAAAGGACUCGAUUUUCAUUAAAGGCAUGUGUCAAUGCACAGGGGGAUAACUGGGUCGCUUAGUGGAUAGAGACAGGAGGCCCUGGGUUCAAAUUUGGCCUCAGAAACUUUUUAGCUGUGUGACCCUGGGCAAGUCACUUAACCACCAUUACCUAGCCCAUACCACUCUUCUACUUUAGAACAGUAUAUAGUAUUGAUUCUAAGGUAGAAGGUAAGGGCCUAAAUAAAUAAAUCCAUGCACAUUGUUUCAUUACUUUAAAAAAGUUGCAAUUAAGUCACAACACAUGGAAAUUAAAUCCCAAAUAACCUCAGUAUGAAAAGGUAAGCCAUUUUAAGUUGUGCCAAGACCUAAGCAAAAUUAAACCUAUAUUGCUAAAACAAGGAGUAAAAAAAUUAAUAAAGAAUUUUCAGAAUAACUUACUCUGCAGUGGCAUCUGGAGCCAAAGGAUCAAACUCCAUUACUUCAUAGUAAUUGGGUGGCGGAAGGUCAUUCUUUGUUACAGGGCUAGCUAACAAGGAGAGAAAGAAACCCAUACUGUGUUUUAUAACAAAGAAUUGGAUGAACAUUCUUUUUUAUAUUUAAAACCACUACUAAGCCAGUUCUAACUACUUAUUUAUAAUUAGAUACCUUAUAUGAUGUGAACAGCAAUCAAAUCAGCCAAAUUCAGUUCAAAAUAAUUUGUGUAAUCCCUUGGAAUUUAUCACAAUGGGAUGACAUGUAUUACAAAUAAGUCUUGUAGCAAUCAAAUUAGAAAAAAUGUGGAACUUUUAUAAAGUCUCAGUUACCUCGAAGAUUGCUGGACAAAGCGGGGGGCCUCUGGUUUGAAGGUUCGGCAUGGCCAGCUUGCAGGUUCACUGGAGGCAUCAGGAUUGGAUUUAAAUGAGUUAAGAGCUAAAGGACAUUGAAUAACAGACAAAAAAAACAAAA